AUGUGGAACUUGUCACAGAUAAAAAUCACACAGCUUCAUACAUUGAAACACAAAUUUAUGUUGCCUUUGGUGUCAGACAAAUAAAGUUUCUAGUGAAUUCUAUUCAUAUUACAAACAUACAAGUUUAGGCUGAAAAGAUAUAUUCUUGUCAGUUAAAAUCCUGUUUACAGAGUGUGUUGUUGGGUUUUUAAAUGCAUGAACAGAACCUUAGCAGCAAAGGGAGACUGGCAUAUAAAUGCCAGGACUUGCAGUACUAGCUUCCCACCGCGCGGUGGCGCCCGAAGCAGCGUGGAGAAGCGGAAGGUGUUUUGUUUAUUGGAGACUACAUCCUGUUACUGCAGUUCUGAGUUCUCCAUCUGUUCCAUAGUUCAUCGCUGCAAAUACUACAACGCAACACUUCAUCCUAAAAACGCUUGGCGCAGUUCCGGUUCUGAUCCACCUACCUGGAGGUCCAGGUUACCGCAGGCCCGCCAGACCGUUUACAAAGUCUGUCCCGAACCGGAGAGUCCCCUCGAUCAUGGAGACUGAGAACCCUGGGAUAGCAGAGGGAAACGGACCUGCAGCCGAAUCCAACGAGCAUGACUACGCACACACCGCGGAUCCACCCGAACCUGAGCCGAGCAGCGCGCUACAACCCUCCGAACCUCCACAGCUGGAGCUUCCAGAACCCGCUCUUGGUGCAGAGGUGGACUGUCCCGGUGGGACCGAACAGGACGCUCAGACUGGAGAGGAGCCCGCUGUGAGCUGCGCUGAUGCGGCGCAGCGCGGCAGCCCGCGGCGGUCCAAACGGCCUGAGGACAGAAACUGCUGCUGCUGCAGGCGGUUGUUCCAGCGGCAGGGCCGCUCCUUCAACCGCAGGGCGGUGUACACCUUCACCACCACGGAGACUGUGCGUUGGGUCUUCCCGGACUCCGUGGUCCACGAAAAGUCCUUCCUGUGCGAGACCUGCGCCCAGAUCAUCAGGACCAAAGGCAAGCGCAGACAGAGCGGCAAGCGCUCGCUGUGGCUGAAGCCGCCAGAGGCGAGAAAGGGGAAGGACAAGCAGAUGUCGAGCCGCAGGAUGGGAAAGAAGAGCAAAGCUGCUCUGCUGGUCAGCAAGUCGAGCUACAAGGCCGCUUUCCAAAUGCUCUGGUCGUCCAAAGGUGCUCGGAAGCCCAUGAUGGAGUUCUGGAGAAAACAGCUGAAAAACGAGAUGAAGGUGCUGUCUCGGAAGGCGGACAGUCCCUUCCAUCAGAAGGUGUCUGGCAGGAAGCCACUGUCCUCCUUCCCCUGGAAGAGAUGUCUGAGUUGGGCCCAGGAAAAUGCUCCGCUCGUCACCGCCUGCUUGAACUCCAUGUUUCCAGACAUCAACACCCUCUACAAAAGCAGCCACCAGCUGACGGAGGAGCAGGCCGUCACGCUGCUGGAGCGCCGCACUGUGGUGGCGCUCUCCAUCCCGCUCUUCACCAGAAACAUCUGGAGGAACAACUUCCUGCAGGCGGCUCUGGGGGCGGAGCUACGGCUGCAGGGCUGCUCAGGCUCCGCCCUCGACACCUUGAACACCAUGGGGCUGUGUCAGAACAAAGACACCGUCCGGUUGCUGCUGCACCGGCUGCGGAACGGCAAAGACAUGGACGGGGAUCAGGGUUUGAUGCUGAAACACGAGCAAAUAAAGGAUGAUAUGGAACAAGAGACGACAGAUGAGGAUGAAGAUGAGGAGGAUGAGGAAGAAGAAGAGGAGGAGGAGAACGACGACGAGGAGCAGGAAGACGAAAUGAUGGUGGCGGUGGAGGAAGAAGUGGAACAAGAAGAAGUUCAGGACGGACUGCAGGAGGAAGAGGAGGAUCCAGCUGUGAUGGAAAAAGAGGAGAGGAGGAGGAGAAGGAAGAAGGCGAAGAAGCAGAGGAGGGAGGAGAAGCGGAAGGAGAGGAGAGUGAAGCGGAAGGAGAGAGAGGAGGAUGAGGAUGAAGAAGAGGAGGAUGAGUUGGAGCAGAAGAAGAGGAAGGUGGUGGUGGUGAGGCUCGGUUUGCUGAAGGGAACCUCAGAGGUGGGACGAUCCGACCUGUCGGCACCCUAAGACAAGUUAUGCCCCGCCCACAAACUCAACAGGCCACACCUUUUUAUGAAAACGCUGCACAGAGACCCCGCCCUCUUUAAUGGUUCAGAGGAAUCCUGGGAACUGUAGGAGGUCAGCAGCUGGAGGAAAACUGGAAUGUUUGGAUCCGAGGCUGAAAGCAGCCGAGAUGAUGAAGAUCUGAGGAUAAUCUCCGUUUUUCCACAUGAAGCUCUGAUCAUAUCUGAGCUGAAACAUCAUCGUUUUAGAAGAUCAGAGGAGAGUCUGGAUUCUUCUGUUGCUGACAGAUUUCUAACAUUUGUAACAUGUAAGGAGAAUAAAGAGCGAUGACUGUUAAACUGCAGGUUGAGCACUCUGUGGUGUUAUUUUGGGCUCCUCGGCGGGCCUCAGAACCACAGCUUUGCUCUGGUUUCUGCUUUCAGAGUCUUAGUGCCUUAUUCCCUCAGAAAUACAAGCAUGAGGGAAAGAUCUGAUCUCUGAAAGCUGGUUAGAAGGUUGUUCAAAGCUCGGAUUAAAUUGCCUCGUUCAUCACCGGGAGUCUAAAAUAGUUUCAGGGUUCCUACAGUCUGGAGAAAUAUGGAAAAGUAGGUAAAGCUAAAUAAGAGUCAGGAGGAAUAUUUUCAUUUCUAGAAUUACUCCCUUGUGUCUUUGCAUCCUUUACUUUCUCAUCUCCUACCUGCCUUCCUUCUGUUCUUUUUCAUUGUGUUCUUCUAUCCUUGUUCCCUACCUCCUUCUCAUGUUCUUCCUUCGCUCUUUUCAAAGUUCAGGGCCGGGCCGGGCCGGUUCUGGAAGAGGCCUUCUCUUCCAGGACAUCACCAACAGAGUUCCAGUAGAAAGGACCGGGGGACAAGUUUAAUUGGCUGAGAAGUUGAGCUCAAACACGAAAAGAUAAAACUCGUAGUGUCAGACUGUAACCAUGGUAACACAACAAUUAAGCAAUAAAGAUUAUAGUUUGUUCUUCUACAAAGUGAACUUCCAAAUUCCUUUAAAACGUAAAUUUAAAUAUUAAACAGUUGAUCUAUUCUGUCAAAUCAAACUUAAUAUGCAAACUGCUGGGUUUCAUUUUAAUCAGUUGGAAUAAUAAACUGAACCUGACAUAAUUAAUUGGACCUGAGGAUUAAUUGGACCUGAGGAUUAAUUGGACCUGAGGAUUAAUUGGACCUGAGGAUUAAUUGGACCUGAGGAUUAAUUGGACCUGAGGAUUAAUUGGACCUGAGGAUCUGAAUGAUUUGACUGAUUUUCUAAAAGUCUUGAGACGACAUGUUGUGAAUCGGCGCUAUAUGAAUAAAACUGAAUUAAUAUUCUCAUUCUCAGUGAACAAAUAAAUAUUAGAUCUAUGGUUCAUGUUUAAAUUCAAACAUUUAUAGAAGGCCCCUGAUUAGUGUGCUUAUGCCUUGGGCCGGCCCGGCUCUUCCUAGAUUCCUCCCUUCCUCCUUCCCCUCUCCUCAGGUCUUCCUUCCUUCUUACAUAUUUAAAUCAUAUCUGCUGUGGAAAUAUUUACCAUGAAGUUUUAGUUUUUAUUUCAGGGUGAAAGCAGCAGACUGGGAAGUCUGGAAAGUUGAAUGUGGAACAUUCAGGAAAACAUGGAGAGAGUUUGAACCCUGCAGGAACUCCUUUAAUGUAAACGGACCGAUUUCAUUUGGAGACAUUUUUCUCUCAUCUUCGAAGAGACGGCUUCCCUCUGAGGUUUCCAGCACUCCCAGUUGGAGGUAGAUUGUUCAUCGUGUUCUGCUCCUUGUCGUGAUCCGACUGCAGUUUGGAGACCUUGCUGUCUCAAAGUGAAGCUCCUGAGCUCCCAGAAUCAGAACAAUGUUUGGAUCUUACUCUGACGUCUCAGUUGGGGGAGGCUGUUUUCAGUUUUAAGGGAUCUGAACAGGAUGUUGCCUUCAUGAACCCUGCAGAAGAUCCUGUUUGCAGAUUCAGUAUCUUUUGACGAGGAACCUCAGAAACCAGCAGGAACUUCAACUGAAGGACUUGCUUUGAAGAACUUUUAGAUUUAACUUUUCUUAAUGAUUUAUUGUAAUUUGCUUCCAAUUCUGAUUUCCCCACAUUUAUUUGAGAAUAAUUUUGGCUGUUAAAGCAAAUAUCAUCCAAUUUAAUCAGAUCCUGUUUUUAAAUGUUUUUUGCCUUUUUAACUCAGUUCAGAGGUUGGUGUCUCUUCAGCUUCUUCCCAUCAAGAUGCGCUUCUGUAUAUUUUGUUUGGUGGAGACAGAAAUAAUAUCAGCAUUUAUUAAAGAAAAUAAAAUUAUACUGACACACAUUUAA